UAUCAUGUACACCUUGCUAAUUAGCAAGCCUAGUGAGACAUGACUAAAAGAAAACAAACAGGCAGAGGGUUGGCAGAGGUUAUCUGUGCAAGAGAGGGGAUAGAAGGAAGUCAGGAAAGAAGAGGGAGGGAGUGCCAUUAACUACUGAGUUUGUGAGUCCCUUUCCUUCCUUGUAUGGAAAGCUCAUCACGGGCAGGGGUGUCUAUAGCUAGCUGAUCGAGUACUGUGACACCACCACCUCGUCUUUCUUUUUCUGCUUGCUGAGUAGGGUGAGAGGAAGGAGGAGCGAUCACCUCUGCUUAAACCAGCUCCUUGCAAUCGGAGGACAAAAUCAGGAGAUAAAUAAAUAGAAGACGAGUUCUGUUACAAAGUAGCUCUGAUGGCGGAUGAUCCGAUUAGCUGCGAGAGUAGAUGAGACCCGAGAUUAGCUGCUUCUCUUCGCCUGCGCCAGACUUGAACUCCAAGGCUCGGUUGAGACUUUUUUUGGGGGGGGACGGGGUCUUCAAUCAGAGACCCGCGACUCUUAUCUCUUUUUGUUUUGUGGUAUAUUCUUUAGAACAUGGCUGCAUAUCAGCCGGCAAUGCAGAUUCUGGCACUUUUGGCAGCGCUGUUCCUGCUGAUCAGUCCUUCAUUUGAGGAACCCUUUCCUGCAGCCCCGACGAUAAAACAAUGGGUAGACAGAAUGAAGGAUGAACUGGUAACGCUAGCCAAAACUGGAAGUGGUGUAGACCAAUUUGCAGAGAUUUAUAUGAAGAAGAAAGAUAUGUAUACAGUGAAGCAAAAUAAAGCCCAUGAGCUGGUCGAAAAGGCAGCCCAUGAUAUUGACAGACUCCUGAAUAACAGAUCAAAAGCAUUAUGGCGCUUGGUGAAAGAAGCAGAAUCAUUACAAAAGCAGCACCAGUGGCAAGAUGAUUUAGGGGAAAAUGAAAUUACUUACUACAAUGCCAAAGACGGUUUUAAGAAUAACAACAAUGAAACUGAUAGUAUACGCAACAGGAUGAGUGAAGAUCCUGCAUUCCGCCGAAAUGUAUCCUAUGAAUAUUCAGCUGUCCAUAUCCCCACGGAUAUUUAUGAAGGCUCAACUAUAAUAUUAAAUGAACUGAACUGGACUGCUGGACUUGAUGAAACGUUCAGAAAAAACAGAGAGGAAGAUCCCUCAUUACUCUGGCAGGUAUUUGGAAGUGCAACAGGACUAGCUCGAUAUUAUCCAGGAUCUCCAUGGGUAAAAGAAAACGAUACUCCAAAGAUUGACCUGUAUGAUGUUCGCAGAAGACCAUGGUAUAUCCAGGGUGCUGCCUCCCCAAAAGACAUGCUGAUUCUUGUGGAUGUGAGUGGAAGUGUAAGUGGCCUGACUCUUAAGCUGAUCCGUACAUCCGUCUCGGAGAUGCUAGAAACUCUUUCCGAUGAUGACUUUGUGAAUGUGGUAUCUUUUAAUGACAAUGCAAAGAAUGUUAGCUGCUUCAACCACCUAGUCCAGGCCAAUGUACGCAACAAGAAGGUACUGAAGGAAAACAUUAAUAUGAUAUCUGCCAAGGGAAUAACUGAUUACAAAAAAGGAUUCAGUUUUGCCUUUGAACAACUGCUAAAUUUUAAUGUGUCUCGAGCCAACUGUAACAAGAUCAUUAUGCUAUUUACUGAUGGAGGAGAGGAAAAAGCACAAGAAAUUUUCAAAAAAUAUAAUCCUGACAGAAAGGUACGAGUUUUCACAUUUUCAGUUGGCCAGCAUAAUUAUGAUAAAGGACCUAUCCAGUGGAUGGCUUGCACCAACAAUGGUUACUACUACGAGAUCCCUUCCAUUGGUGCAAUAAGGAUUAACACCCAGGAGUAUCUGGAUGUCCUUGGAAGACCGAUGGUUUUAGCUGGAGAAAAGGCCAAACAAAUACAGUGGACUAAUGUGUACUUGGAUGCACUGGAACUUGGCCUUGUUAUUACUGGAACUCUGCCUGUCUUCAACCUAACAGUCGGUCAUGAUGGUAAAAAGAACCAGUUGAUACUUGGAGUAAUGGGUGUUGAUGUCUCCCUUGAGGAAAUCAAAGGUCUCACUCCACGUUUUAAUCUGAGUCCGAAUGGCUACUAUUAUGCUAUUGACCCUAAUGGCUAUGUUUUGCUUCAUCCCAACCUCCAGCCAAAGCCCGUUGGGACAAGUAUCCCUAGUGUUAAUUUAAGAAAAAGGAGGCCUGAUGUCCAGAAUCCCAAAUCACAGGAGCCAGUCACAUUGGAUUUCUUGGAUGCAGAACUUGAAAAUGAAAUGAAAGUAAAGAUACGUCAAAAAAUGAUUGAUGGAGAAAGUGGGGACGAAUCAUUUCAGACACUAGUUAAGUCCCAAGAUGAGAGAUACAUUGACAGAGGAAACAGGACAUACACCUGGGCACCAGUCAGUAAAACAGAUUAUAGCUUGGCCCUGGUAUUGCCAUCCUACAGUUUCAAUUACAUCGAAGCCAAACUAGAUGACAUGACACAGGCUAGAUCAAAAAAGAAACUGAAAGAGGUUUUGGAGUCGCUGAAGCCUGAAAGAUUUGACGAAACUGGAUAUACAAUAAUAGCACAGAGGAAGUACUGCAAAGAUCUGAAACAAGAUGACAAUGGGACCAAAUUCCUUAUGGAUUUCAUUGAGUUUAUCGAUCGAAAAACACCCACUGAUCCCUCAUGUCACACCGCACUAAUCAACAGACUCUUGCUGGAUGCUGGGUUUACAGCUGACCUUUCUCAGAACUACUGGAAGAGACACCUACCACCAGGAGUGUUUGCACGUUUCGUUGCUACAGAUGGUGGAGUCACAAGAAUUUACCCCAAAAGUGCUGGAGAAGGCUGGACAGAAAGUAAUGAGACAUAUGAAUCGAGUUACUACAAAAGGAGCCUGGAUAACGACAUCUAUAUUUUCACAGCUCCCCAUUUCAACAGAACAGGUCAAGAAACCCCAGAGGCGGGCAUCAUGGUUAGUAAGGCAGUUAAAAUAACAGUUGAUGGAAAACAAUUGAAACCUGCAGUGGUUGGUAUUAAGAUUGAUGUGAACAGCUGGAUGGAAAAUUUUACAAGGGCAACAACAGACAGUAGCUCAAAGUGCAAGGGAGAAAUCUGCAGUUGUCAAAAGAACAGUAAGGAUAUUGACUGUUUUAUUCUGGAUGAUGGUGGAUUUCUGCUAAUGUCAAAUCAGGAAGAGUAUAUUUUGCAGAUUGGUAGGUUUUUUGGAGAAAUUGAUCCAAGUCUGAUGCGCCAGUUGAUCAAUGAGUCCUUGUAUGCAUUUAAUAAGUCUUAUGACUACCAGUCGGUAUGUGAGCCUCAGAAGGAGACCAAAGCUGCUGCAGGCCUACGCUCUGUCUAUGUGCCCACUAUUGCAGAUAUUCUAAACGUGGGAUGGUGGGCCUCUGCUGCAGCGUGGUCACUAGUACAGCAGCUAUUGUUAAGUAUCACCUUCCCACAAUUCACUGCAGCUGUGGAAAAGGAAGAUGAUAGUUCAGCUGCCUUAGCGAAACAAAGCUGCAUCACUGAGCAAACUCAGUAUUUCUUUGCAAAGGAAAACCGAACAUUUGGUGGCGUGCUUGACUGUGGCAAUUGUUCAAGAAUUUUCCACGCAGAAAAGCUUUUGGAUACUAACCUGGUGUUCCUGAUAGUUGACAGCAAACAGACAUGUCUCUCCUGUGACUCAGCACCACUGAUCCAGGCGGAACAACCAUCUACUGGUCCUGAUCCUUGUGAUUUAGCACAGAAUCCAAGAUACAGGAAAGGACCGGAUGUUUGCUUUGAUUAUGAUCCCCUUGAAGAUCCUGGAGAUUGUGGAGGAGUCUCUGGCCUUAUUCCUUCUCUAUGGUCGAUGCUAGGAAUUCAGUUUGUUCUUCUCUGGCUCCUUACUGGUAGUAGGCUCUAUCCUUCAUGACCAUGGACAUACGAAAUUCAUGAAGUUUAGUUUCAAGACCCUGCCAAAAAUGAAAGCCCUGGAUUCAACCAAAAUGGAGGAAUAUCAUAUGACCCAGGCAGUGUAAGACUGACCAUGUUCAUACCCUGGUGUAUUUCUUUGUGAAAGACGCAUUACGGUACCCACAUUGGCAGCAUGUUGGACUGUCUGAUCUGGAACAACAACUUGUGGGAUGUCUAGUUUAUUUACACCAUUACAGUACAUUUAAAUCUACUUUAUUAAUCUAGCUUAUUUUCCAUGUAUAAUAUGUUGACUUUUGAGGAAGGGCUGCCUUCAGCUAUAAUUUAUAAUGUUUCAUACUUGUUUUGUCUGCUUUGUUUUAAAACUGGAUAUGUGAAACACUAAGGUAUGUGCACUUAAUGGUCUGUUGCAUCUCUAGCUGCAGGAAUAUAGAUCUCACUGCAGUCAGUAACACUGAUCAUAAAACAUCUUUUCUACACUAUGGUACUGUUUAAUACUUUUGUGAUGUCUUGCAAAGUACAACAAAGCUCCUUCUCCAGCUACUGUGCAUCGGAUAGCUGACAGCUUAACACUCAUUGAUGAAUGCCUUAAUGUGUUUGAUUCAAACUGCCAAAUCAGAACUGGUGACAUGCACAUCAGCAAGCUUGUAUUUUGUUAAAGUGUGUAAAAAUAAGGAAUUUAUACGUCAUAUGUUGACAACUUGAGUCAGCUCAGAUUCUAAUACCAAACUCCCAUGUUAGAGUUAUUUCUGUAAUGUCAGGUGUUUCCUCAGACUAAAGUGCAGUAAAAACAUUACUGAAACAAUUUUUCUGAUUGGUUGAAAGAUUUAUAAAAGAAAAUGCAGUGUUUUGUAGCUCUGGACCUUAAGUAAGGGUAUUUGGUCUUGCAUGAAGCUGCUUUGACUUUGUAAGCCUUGCUUUUUUAUUCUAGAUUGUAAUUUAUAUGGAUGACACAAGUGAUUGAGUUAUUUUGUUGCUGUUUAUUUACUUAUUUUUAUGUGUGAAAAAAAUCAUAAUUAAAUAUAAUUCAGUCCAUAAAAACGUAUAGUUAAACAUACUAAGCAGUGUGUUGCGUGAUAAAUAGGCUGAAAGAAAAUAUGUCAUAAGAAGUAAAUUUGCUAUGAUCACUUCAAAUAAAGAGUACACUGACUUAUUCUUAUGGAGAAAAUACGAAUACAUCUGUAUGUAUUUUUAAAUGAAACCAGUAUGAUUUUCUACACAACAUAUAAAUAAUAAACGGAAGACAUUCUUUAAUAAGAAGCAAAACAGGGCUGACCUUCAGAAAAUAAUUCCCAGAAUAUAUUUAUUAUGAACCUAUAAAAACUAACAUUUGUUUACUAAAUGUAGGGUGAAGCUUAAUACAAACAAGAUAAUGAUAGACAUUCUAAAGUACGACACAAUUUCUAAGGAUUCUUUAAGUCACUGUAAUUCCAAAAUUUCACCACAUGACUCAGAAGUCAUAUUGUAUUGUUUUACAUUUGUACUUCAGUAGUUAGGAUCAAAGUUAUACCAUCAGCUACUGAAGAAAGGUUUUUAACUAUACGUUUGUUGGGUUUCUAGAGAUACUGAACAUUAAUAAUCUUUAACCCCAAACUAGGUAAACAUAUAUAAAAUACGUACAACAAGGUUAACUUAAAAAACUAAAUUCUUUCAGUGUAAAUGAAAGUACAUUUGAUUUAAUUCCAUGAAUGCCUACCAAAUGAGGGGUUAUUAAAAAUAUAACAUAGAGGAUUAUUUUUGGUUGUUUAUGUAGGUUUACAAAUAAAUAGAUGCACUACACAUUAAAGCUGUGAAACAUUGUAAGUUUAAAGUAAUUUGUAAGGGGAAUGAUGACUGACUAGUGCAUUUUUAAUUAUCAGGAACCCUAAAACCAGUUUCUGUGAAUGUAGUAUUUCAGGAAGCUGGAGUGUUAUAAACCUAUAACCUCUCCAACAAGAAUGGGUAUCAUUUAUGUUUUGUGUGAUAAUACUGCUAUCUAUAAAUUAGACGGUUCUACUAUAGAAUCCUCCGAUAAAGCAUAAUCAUAAUUUGAAAAAUAAUAGCUGUUUAAAGUAUAUUUUGCUGAUUGAAAAGUUGCUUAUUAGGGUGCAGUUAGUUGAUGAUGACAUUUUGUUUUGUUGUUGUUGCUGUUGAAUUAUGCAACUUGAAUCAUUGUUCAAAGAAAUAAUGGGACUUGUGCAAUUACAGAUAUUCUUUAUUUUUGAAAAUUGAAUUUAAUGCAAAUUAUAGGACCCAUUAUUUAUUUUUCAUUAAAAACAUUAGCGAACAAGUAGUGUAGCCAGACCUGCGGCAUGUUGACACUGUCUUUUUACCAAAACUGAAUGAAGAAAGCAUCCUAUGACAUUCUCAUUAUUUCAUGAAUGAAAAGUCUGAUUUCUGGUUUAACUUCUACUUCUGGAAAUAUUCUUUAGGUGGUUUAUGUGCCUUUAUUUCUACAGAAGACAAGUAGAACACAGAAAGUAGAAAUAAACAAAAAAUUUGUGCAAAGCAGGUUUUACAUUGCAGCAACUCAGCGAAGAUGUAGACAGGACAAAACUAUUUUUAUUCAAUCUCAAGAUUCAUGUUCCACCCAGAAGAUGACUAAAUCACUGAGUAGCAGUUACACAGACAUCUGGUGUGCUCUCCUAAACAGUUACUGUUUCCUUCUUGUCCCAGUUUUGGAGUUUGUGUUCUAAUUACUAAUUAACCCACCCCACAAAUGAUAGAGACGAUAUACUUCAACGUCAUUUGUGCAAAUGUGAGUCAUCAAAAACUAGAGAAAUACUGACAUUUUACAUGCUAUUCAAUGUUUCUAUACAUUUAUGAGGUGAAUGCAAUGAGAAUUUACUUUGCCAUCUAUUGUUUUUCCCCAUUCAUACAUAAAAGACUAUCUAUUAUAGUCAAAUAUCAUGUAUCUGAUACCUUGUAUGUGUGAGUUAAGCACUUUUAAAUAUAUUAAAUGAAGCAGAACAUAUUUUCUUUACACAAUAAUAUUGUACUUCACUCUACAUUCAGAUUGGAAGAGUAUAGACUCUCAAUCAAGAUAAAGUGUUGAUGGAGUUGCCAAAAAUUUAGUAAUAGUUUUCAGAUUGUUUCUGUUUUUCAGUUUUAAUUUUGUCUUAUCUUUAGUAAGUAAAAAGUUCAUUUUUAUGUAUACCUAAUUACUUAACUGAUCUAUAUGAUGUGUUCAUGCAUUUUAAGCAAGUACCAAAGUUGAUUUGGAAAUAUAUGGAAGCUCAUUUGUGGGGGAGCUUUGGUUAUCCAGGAAUCUAGAAUGGUGAAAGCUGAUAUUUAUGAAAGGCAAUGAAUCAUACACUGGUCUGUAGUUAUACCUAUAUGCUGCAUAAAUGUUAUAUAAAUGGUAUGCUUAAAUGUGUUUUGCAUGAGGAUACCUACAUGUGGUGAUACUCUUUCAGCCUGUUGUGGUUGUUGUGUCUUAUAGUUAUUGUGUUAACUAUAAUGGUUCAUAUUCCUGUCAAAAUUGUUUGUUAUGUGAUGAUACAUUACAUGUUAAUCUUUGUAAUAUUUUAACUGUUUAUUGUAUAUCAGCAAAGUGCUUUCUCCCAUUUAUAAAAAAGUAUGCUCCCAUAAAACAGCUAGCUAUGCAGAUAUAAUUACUUGCACCAGUUUGUCACUGUAGCUAAAAUUCACUUUAAUAAUGAGAAGAAAAAGUGAUCACUAUUAGAUCUGACUUCUUCAGCUUGACUGUAAGGUAUAUCAAGUGUACACAGUGAAAAUAUGUCUUAUGGACAGUUGCAGAAACAGAAUGCGUUUUCUUAUACAUUUUGAUGGAAUUAAAAUGUAUCAAAUUACACUCUUAGUGAGGCAGAUAAGUCCAUGUUCAAUGGCUUCAUUGGUGAAACUAAAAAUGUACUAAAGACGGACUGUACAUUUGAUUAAAGAUAUCAAACAGGUACAGAAAUUCUGAAGGAAAAUAGGCAUAUUUUAUUUCCUAACUGGAAAACUUGUUAGACUUGUUUUCUUGAAAACCUUUUUUGAAGUACUAAUGUACAUAAGUAGUAUUUAUUUCUACACAAAGUUAGAAAUGACUUAAUAAUUAGGGUAUGUACAAACAGAUUCAGAAAAUAUGAUAAUUGUGUCUGAAUUUAAAAAUCAAACAGUGAGCUAUACUUCUUCAUUUAAAAGCUAUUGCUUUUUCUUCUUGCAUUCCACCAUGGAAGACAGAGAAUUUUGUGCAUGUUAAAGUAGUUUAUUUUGCCACAGUACCCGGCUUAUAUUUUUACCAUAUAUAUUCUCGUAUUUUUAUAGCUCCUGUAAACAAAAUAAACAACCAAAGCUGCAGAAUGUUUUAUUUGCAUAACAGAAUGUGAAUUACAUAGUGUGGUAAGUCACCCAGUAUUAUAUGCAUUUUAUUUUCAAAGCAGAAUGUUAAUGAAGAUUAAACAUAUGGGCUGAUAUACAGUAAAUUUGAUACACUACUGUAACUAUGAAAUCACAGCUUAUAAAUUCUCUCUCUGGAUACAUGAGAUAUAUGCAGCUAGUUUUAAAAGCAAAUUAUUUGAAUAUCUAAGAAUGUGUUUUCUGUUUUGUGUACUGUAUCAUGACAUAAAAAAAAAGACUGCCAAAAAUAUUCACAAUAUUAUAACCCUUUGUAAAAUCAAAAGAUUUUCCAGAAAUCUUGUCUUUUGCUAAAUGCAGUUAAGGUGGUGCUGCCUGAAUAAAACACUUCUAAGCCUAGACAAACUAAUGAUUACCUAUAAAUGUUUACUGUAGCAUACUGUCAUUACCUGUGCAAUGUUGUUGUGAUCUUUUAACUACCAUUACAGUGCUGAACUGCUUUGUAAAUCCCUGUUUCUCAUUUGUAAAUCUGAGCCAUCCAUUCAUCUGAACAACCAGCAUUACUGCCAAACUGUUGACAGUGCUCUGUAUUUAUAAUGAAUUUUUAACAUGGCAUCUAUAGCAACUUUGACUCCCAAUGGUUUUUAGGUCCCUGUACAUUACAAUUUUAUUGUAAUCAAUUUUUUCAUGUUUUUGAUGCUUGAGCUUUAAUGGUAAAUUGAUUAAAAAAGUGUUGCUGCCAA